AAACUCAGCCAACAGCAGGAGGACGCGGACCCGCUGGGACAGGGACGCUACGGAGCCCCGCGGGGGAGCAGAGAGCACAAAGGUCUGGACAUCGAGUGCAGCGACGGAUCGAUCGUCUACGCUCCGUUUGACGUGACGCUCCACGGAAACACCGUCACCCCCUUCACCGCCCCCGACAAGGUGGUCCUCAACAACGGCAUCAGCCUGAGAGGAGAGGGUCUGUGUUUCAAGCUGUUCCCUGUGAAUCCGGACCGAACCUCCGGCUCAGUGAGGAAGGGGCAGAGGAUCGGCGUCAUGCUGCCCAUGCAGACGGUUUUCCCAGGAAUCAUCUCACACGUCCACGUCCAGAUGUGCAACAGGAGCGACCCCACACCGUACUUCUGACCAACUCGCUGAGGACCUCUGUAAACAUCUGUUCUCAUUAAAGUCAUUAAAGAGCUGUUUCCUUAUGUUUACAUAUUUCUGUAAAAACAGGCAGUAGGGAAUUAUCAUAGAUAUUGAUUGGGUGUAUAGAUUUUUAGCUAAAGCUAUCUGUCCAUCAGGAAACUCUGUAAAUCACAGAGAGUUGAAGCU